CAUGCGCUCUGUGUUUGACGUGUGUUGAGUUGACAUUCCGUGUAUUCAGUUUUCUGCUUUGACGUUUCGUAACGUUUGUGUAACAGUUUUUUCAGUGGUUUAUUCUAAUUUAUAACUUGCAUUGGUAAUAAUAAAAAUCAAAAUGGAAAGAAAUGAACGCAAAGCAAACUCUCGUAAUCAUUCGAUCACUAUAGAUCGGGAUUCCAAAUUUAUUUUGCGAAAAGUUUUGCUGGAUUUUACGAUACUUUUUAUAGUUGGUUUCCUGAUCUUAGUGUUCUACCUUUGGGGAACGCCGUAUAAGCGUGGAUUCUUCUGCGACGAUGAAUCACUCAAACACCCCUAUAAAGAAUCGACCGUCACGAAUUUAAUGCUAUACAUCAUUGGAAUCGGUCUUCCAGUACUCACGAUGUGUCUCACUGAGUGGAUUAGGCUACGGGACUACAGAGGCGGUCGAUCCCGAGUGAUCCUCGGCAAGGAGAUACCGGCUUGGGUAUGGGAAGCGUACCGGGUUAUAGGGGUGUUCCUCUUCGGGUGUGCCUGCCAGCAGCUCACGACCGACGUCGCGAAAUACACUAUAGGGAGACUGAGGCCGCAUUUCUUUUAUGUAUGUAAGCCGGAUAUUGAUUGCACUCUGCCGGAGAAUAAAUGGCGGUAUAUUGAGAAGUUCACUUGUCUCGGAACUGAUGAUAAGCUGAAGAAGGAGAUGAGAUUGUCUUUCCCGAGUGGACAUUCCUCUUUCUCCGCGUAUACCAUGUUCUACUUUGCGAUGUAUCUUCACAAACGCUUCACAUGGCGUGGUUCGAAGCUCCUCCGCCACGGAAUCCAGUUCGUCUUGAUAAUGAUGGCGUGGUACACGGUGAUGACUCGAGUGUCCGACUACAAACACCACUGGAGUGACGUGCUCGCGGGCUUCAGCAUUGGGCUCAUAUACGCCGCUGUUGUGUUCACCUUCAUAUCCGAUCUCCGCAAGACGCCGCGCAGACAGACAGUCAACCACCACGACAACGAGCUGACCACCAACGGCAACACACGGUCAGCAACCGGGUGGAAUGUUUGACAUUCCCCCGACUCCCGCAGCUCGUUGAGCGAGGAGCCAUGACCACCGAACGUGUCAUGGAUAUCCCAUGAAUACAUGGACUUGUAACGAAAUUGCUUACGUAAGCAUUUUCCAUUUUUUACACAUAAAAGUGAGACAGUGGUCAUUUUGAACUAUUUUCGUAUUCGAUAACUUACACGUGAAUGACGCAUGAAUAACGAAUUCGGAUGCGUCCCGUUUGUCACUUGACAGCUAAUGUCAAAGCAUUUUGACAUUAGCUGCCAAAAAUAAAAAUAAAAUAUCAGACUGUGAAAACUUAAAACUGUUUACAGAUAAAUAUUAUCGUUAUACAACUUAAAACAAAUAUUAUUAAAGCGUUACUACAAAUAUAUUAUUUUAUCCAAAUAUUUGAACUAAAAACGAAAUGACGUAAAAUGCAAUGUUUUACGGACUUAUAUAUUUAUGUAUGUAUAUUAUAUUAUUUGAUUAGAAAUAUAUUCUAAAUAAUUUGUUCCGUAAGGUGCGUUCGGGCAACAUCGGUAAGACCGUAUCGAUCGAAUUUCGAGAUGAUUAGACUACUUUUUAUACGUUGUUCUCCAGCGUAUAGAAGCGCUUUUAGUAGCUCGUGUCUAAAUGUCUCGAAACAUUUGGAAACCCUAUUUUACCCUAACUAAUACACAAACUUAUUACAUAUAUGUAAGUAGUAAAUAAUUGUAAAAUGUUAUCUUAUAUAGUUACAACUAAAAGAAUAUAAUACAUCAAAAAUGACCAAACUUGAAAAUGGACGUGAACAAAAAUGGUCCAAAUACAUCAUAGAACUGUAUCGUACUUGUAAAAGCCGUUAAGCGGUGUUUCGUUAAAAAUCAUUUAUCUCUUUCUGUCUUUAUCACAUUCGAGAGAAGAAGACAUAAUGCAGUUCAACCAAUCACACCCUAAAUAAUUUUUAUAUUUUGAGCGAUAAAUGUACUACAGUAAAGUCACGCUAAGACUAGAUAGAAACUUGCGUUAGUUUCUAUCUAGUCUUAGAUCUAACGCAAGUAUAUCAUAAAAUAUAUUCUUUAAGCUAUGCCGUCUGGAUUUAUCUGAUUAUCGCAAAAUCAUCGUCUAGAUUAGCGGGACUAUACUUAUUAAUUUCAAUAUUUCGAUAUUUUUACAUAAUUCUACUAAACACUAUACGUGAUUUGAUGUUUUAAAUCCUAAUUUUCCAUACAAACGACGAUCAACGUGAUCGAUAAGAAAGUUCCACAAAUAAUUAUUUAAACUCGCGUCUUCCAUACAGAUACAUAUUUCAUAUUAGUUAAUUCGUCGGCUUGUCACGUUUAAGUGCUUGUAUGACAUGCUAUGACUAUUCGUAACGGUAUGUACAUAUACAACUAUACGUAUAUAUAGUCUUAGAUAAGAAUAUGCACAUUUUAUAUCAGAUAAAAAGUAUUUAUUUUUAUUGUCUUCAUUUCAAACUUAAUCCUUCUCUUAAUCUUAAUUAUUUCGUUUUAAUUUUUUAAUGAUAUUUACAUAAAUGUAUAUGUCUGUUCUUACACUUUUGUAUUUACUUUUUUUUUUUCUUUACAUCUAUAUAUCAUACUGUAUAAAAUAAAACAUACUAUUUUAAUAUUAAUUAUGUAUUUGUAAUUCUUAAAAAAAAAUAUGUCAAUUUGUAGUCAUAAAAUCACUUAGCGCAAUUACUAAUGUAAGAAAUUUCGUAAAAACUUUGUGUAGUCAAUAUUUAAUAAAAAAAUUCAAAUUAUAUUGUAGAAUCGGAUGUUAAUAGAAGUAUGCUUAAACCUUUAAAUAUAUUAUUAAUAAUUUAAAAUCAACUAUAUGAGUAUUUUAGAUUACAGUACAAUUAUGUUAAGUUAAUUUCGAAGCAUUUUCUAGCAGUUUUUUUUUAAACAAUUUGGACGCAUUUCUAGUAAUAUAUAACGUUUUUAUUAUAUAAAAAAAAACUACACGCUCAUUUGUAAAAUAUUUAUUUGUAGAUGUAGAUAAAAAAUACCGCAGUCUUGAAGACAGGGGUUGUAUUUUUACUCUGUGAUAUAUUAUUGUAAAUAAUUGAAACAAAAAUGUUGCAGUUUUAUUAGUUUAUAGAAUAUUGUAUACUUUUAUGAGUUUUUAAGCGAAUUUUCAGAGGUGCAUAUUAUUCAUAGUAAUAUGAUCAAAAAACUUUUUUUAUUCUAUGUGUUAAAAUAGAGGUUUUGGCGGGAAAAACAGUGUAAAAAAUUUUACUUAAUUUCAGAUUACUUAUUGAAAAUUUGAGUGUAUAUUAUACGUUAAUAUUUAUAUUUGCUUUGUGCCUUAUAUACCUAUGUCUUUUAAACGUAUGUAAGGAUUUUUUUUAAUUUUAAUUAAUCUUAUUUAUAAAUGCAAUGUUUUUGGAAAAAGUUUGGCCUAAAGGGUUUAUGAGAAAAAAUUGUAUUUGUAAAUCAUAAUGUAGUUGGUUUUUGAAAAUCUAUAAUAAUUAAUAUUUUAAGUCACAUUAUAAUAAAAAAAAAACUGUUGUUUUAUAAAAAAAAAAAUAUUUUAAGAAUAUAACGUGUACAACAUUUACAAUGCACCUAAAUUAUUUAUAUUAUGUAGUUUUAUGAGCGAACACUGCCUACGACUAGAUUUUUUUUGGCAGCUAUUUAUUAUAUUUUAAUAGUAUAAUUAGGAUAAGAAUACA